UGAAGAAUGAAACAGUGAGAUCAGAUGAUUCUCUAUAAAGCAAGAAAUGUUGUGACCGUAGAAAACCCAGCUCACUAAAGAAUUCAGUGAAAUCGAUCUUUACAGUGAUCGGCGAUGAAAGGAAAAAACUCCCUACUAUGGAUCUGUUACGUGACAUCUGCAUGGCUAUGGUGGAGUAGUGUGGCGUUUGAAUCAGCCUUGGAGGAGUCGUCGUCGCUGUCGAAACCAAACGAGAAAUUUCUUAAUUGGUACAGACAAAAUAUACAAAUUCUGCGCAGGCAAGCCGGAAAUUCAGCUGAUCUCCGCCAUGGAAUUCCGGUGCUGUUUCAUAAAGGUAAUUUACCGAAAGAUGGUCGGUUUUUUACAUUAACGAUGGAUGCAACGUAUACAGGAGGAAAGUUUUCUGUGAAAGUCGUACUGGAUAAAACUAACGUUAGGAUCGUCGCCUUUGUUGUUAACGCCAAAGGGUUUAUAUUUAGCGACGAUAAUCUAAAUGAUGCAGCGGCGGUCGAUGCAUAUGUGAGAAAAAUUUCAACUCAACGACAGUUGAUGCCGUUUAUCAAUAGCUAUUCUGUACUCGAGCAACUUUGCGGUGUAAAGAGAGGCCAAGUUGUCUUAGGCUAUGGUCCAUUAAUUGACGCCGUUAACUGGCUUUAUUCUUAUUCCACUAAUGCCACUCAGGUAGCCCCUCUGGCUGGAUCGAUGAUUGUUAUCAACCAGAUGAUUACUGAAUCAGGACGAUUCAGGGAGAUCGAGCUUUUGAUGCAACAAGCAAUUCGAUACGACCGAGUUGUUCUGACACAUCCCACCAUGGUUAGCUUGGAGGAUAACUGGGAAGCUAUUUCUGGUGCAGUUCAAAAAUCCGGAAAACAAGGAACUUUUACUGCAAUUCAGAUACUACGAUACAAGAAUAUUCCGAUCGACAAUGUGCGAAGAUUAAUGGGCGUUUUAUCUCUCUUGCUCUUCAAAUGCGAUGCUUUACGCUUCUCGCCUGUUAUAAGAUCCGUCGUUCCGAGUGUUGACGAGGGAGGUGUUUGUGGAAAUGCCGAGCAGACGGUGUAUCUCGUGGGCCGAAACAAUCUGUGUGUUAAUUUGAACGGAAGCAGAGUAAAUUCGGUGCAAUGCGGAAAUGAUUUGCAGCAAAAGUGGACUUUGAAAAGAGACAGUACGAUUCGAUCCAACGAUAUGUGUUUGACCACUAAAGUUGGAAACGUGGUUACAAUAUAUAAUUGCGCCGGUUCUGCUACUAUCUCUGACGCAGCCCGUUGGAAUUUAACGGACGACGGAACAAUCAUAAACUCGAAAUCCGGUUUGGUUCUCUCCGUAACAGCAGCGGGUGAUGAUAUUACGGUACAGAAAAACAGUUAUGCAGCGAGUCAAGGUUGGCUAGCAACUACUGAUGCAGAACCGUUUGUGGCACCCAUUCUAGGGCUUAGAGAACUCUGUUUGCAGUCAAAUGGAAGUAAUGUCUUCGUAAACACUUGUGAAAACAGAGAAAUCGGGCAGAUUUGGGCUUUCUAUGGCGACGGUUCGAUACGACCUUAUGCAAAUCAAGGAGAAUGCCUUACUACUGACGGAACGAAGCGUAGCAUCGUCAAAAUUGUUUCGUGUAGUCCUGCAUCGUCAGGCCAGCGAUGGUUGUUGAAGAACGAUGGCGCCAUUUGGAAUUUGUAUUACGGAUUUGUGCUAGAUGUUGAAAGUGGAGAUCCAAAGAGGAAAAGAAUAAUAGGCUGGCCAUACAACGGAAGGGAUAAUCAGAAAUGGGUGAUAUGGAUGUGAUUGAUUUUUGUUCUUGUAUCUGUUUUGUAUGUUGUUUAUGUAUCUGUGGUGUAAGAGGAUAGCAAGUUAUUGCUGUCUCAUAUCUAAUAAACUAAACAUUACACCAUUACACUA